AUGGUAGAUUGUGGAUCUUACUUUGGUAGUGGUAGAAGUACUAUCAAUCACAUUCCAUUAGAGGAGGGCAAGAAUUCUUACCUUGGUGAUAAUUCUAAAGGACUUAGGGGACCUAUAGAUCGAUUUAUGGUGAAUGUAGGAGUGGGAGAUGAUAAUGAAGGAGAUGUUGAUGCAUCAAAUUGUGUUAAAGAUGCCAAAAAUUUGUUUGAAUUACUUGAUAGUGUUAUUGAAGAAAUUGGAGAAGAUAUUAGUGUUCAGAUGGUCAUUGAUAAUGCAAGUGCAUACAAGGCAGCUGGAAAUUUGUUAACGGAGAAGAGAAAAAGUUUGUAUUGGAUAUGUGCUGCUCAUUGUAUCGAUUUGAUGCUUGAGAACAUUGGAGAAUUGCCCCAACAUAAAAAUUCUUUGAUCAAAGCAAAGAAAGUUAACAAUUUUAUCCACAACCAUCAAUUGGUGCUAAAUUUAGCAAGAAAAUAUACAAAGAAAGAUCUUCUUCGACCAGCUGUCACACAAUUCGCUACCGCUUUCCUGACUUUAGAAAUGUGCAUGGUUUAUUCAAUUAAAACCACAAAGCCCCUUGUCCAUGCAUUAAGAUUAGUUGAUGGUGAGACCCCAACAAUGGGAUUCAUUUAUGGUGCUAUAGAUGAGGCAAAGAAAAACAUAGCCAAGAACCUAGAUGGAGACUUAUCUUCCUAUAAGGAGAUUUGGGAUAUCAUCGAUCAAAAAUGGAGUCCUAAUGUUUCUGAGCAUCCAGAGAUUAAAAUUGGUUUGUAUAAGUGCAUGGAUAGACUCAUUAAGGAUGAAAAAAUUUAUAUGAAGGUCGAUGCCCAACUUGAUGAGUAUAAAUACAGCAAGGAUUAUUUGGCGUUAGAUCAUCUUUGGCAUCAUACACAACACGACCACCUGGUGAUCGAUUGGUGGGAGAGUUUUGGAGAUAAAGUUCCAGAACUAAGAUUAUUUGCAAUGAAAGUUCUUGGUCUUACUUGGAAAGGAAAAAAUAGCCAAGUGGAUGUGAGUUUUGAGGAGAAUGAUUUUGAAGAAGAAGAAGAAGAUGAUGAGAGUGAUGAUGGAGAUGAUGGUCGAGCUAUGCAAUUUUACUCUUCAGAUGAAAAUGAUGCCAAUGACCAUGAUCAUGAUAACUUCUUCGAGAUAUGA